GAAGAAGAGGCGAGAACGACCCCUGGACCGACCAAAGCCCGCGCGCCGCUGCACCCCGCGUCCAGCGCCUACGUCCCGCCGCUGUCGCCACCAUGCCCAAGAGAAAGGCUGAAGGGGAUGCUAAAGGAGAUAAAGCCAAGGUGAAGGAUGAACCACAGAGAAGAUCCGCAAGGUUAUCAGCUAAACCAGCUCCUCGAAAGCCAGAGCCCAAGCCUAAAAAGGCCCCUGCAAAGAAGGGAGAGAAGGUACCCAAAGGGAAAAAGGGGAAGGCUGAUGCUGGCAAGGAUGGAAAUAACCCUGCAGAAAACGGAGAUGCCAAAACAGACCAGGCACAGAAAGCUGAAGGUGCUGGAGAUGCCAAGUGAAGUGUGUGCAUUUUUGAUAACUGUGUACUUCUGGUGACUGUACAGUUUGAAAUACUAUUUUUUAUCAAGUUUUAUAAAAAUGCAGAAUUUUGUUUUACUU